AUGGACAAACACACAAUGUGUAUCCAACUUUCACACAAAGAAGAAGCAGAAACAAGUACGGAGAACUUACUGUCGCAAGAUUAUAAAUUCCCCACUGACAUUAUUUAUGAAAUUUUGUCCUUCUUGGAUGAUUUUAAAUUUAUUGUCAUGAAUUGUGCAUUGGUAUCCAAAGAGUGGUUCCAUGUUAUUUUAUCAACAUGUAAUCAUCUCAAUCUGAAUUGUAGAUUUGGUGGUGUUGGUGGAAUGAGUGGCCGAUUUUUACAGAAUAUUGCAACUCUUAAAGUUGGUGUGAUCACAAGGGAUACCUAUAGAAAAUUAAUCUUGAUGAAAUCAUUAACUAAACUUAUCAUUAGAUGUGAUGAUGAAGAAGGAGUUAAAUAUAUAAGUGAAUUGAAACAAUUGACCAAACUUACGAUUUAUGGAAGUCAUAUUGGUGAUGAGGGAGUUCGAUAUAUUAGUGAAUUGAAACAAUUGACCUAUCUUAGUAUUCCUAGUAAUGGUAUUUCUGAGUAUGGAGCUAAACAUUUAAGAGAAUUGAAACAAUUGACCACUCUUAUUAUUUUUUGCAAUCGUGUUGGUAAUGAAGGAUCUAAAUACAUAAGUGAAUUGAAACAAUUGACCACUCUUUCUAUUGAUGAAAAUGAUAUUGGUGCUGAAGGAGCUAAAUAUUUAAGUGAAUUAACACAAUUGACCUGUCUUGAUAUUUCCAGUAAUUGGCUUGGUGAUGAAGGAGCUAAAUAUGUAAGCAAAAUGAAACAAUUGACCACUCUUCAUAUUAAUAGCAAUCGUAUUGGAAAUGAAGGAUCUAAAUUCAUUAGUUCAUUGAAUCAAUUGAAAAAUCUUGAUAUUUGUAAAAAUGAUAUUGGUGAUGAAGGACUUGAAUAUUUUGGUCAAUUGGCACAAUUAAAAAGUCUUGAUUUAUCUUAUAAUAGAAUUGGAGAUGAAGGAGCUCAAUAUUUAAGUGAAUUGAAACAAUUGAUCUAUCUUGAUAUUAAAACUAAUCAUUUAGGCGAUAAAGGAGCUAUGCCUAUUGGAGAAUUGAAGAAAUUGAUCUAUCUCUAUAUUAAUAACAAUAAGAUUCGUAAUGAAGGAGCUAAAUACAUUAGUGAAUUGAAACAAUUGACCAAACUUGAUAUUAGAAACAAUUUUAUUACUGAAGAAGGAACAAAAUACUUCACUGAAAUGAAACAAUUAAUAGAUCUUACAAUAUAA